AUGAGGACGCCGUUCCCUUGCUUUCUGCCGGCCCUACGGUCAACCCCGGCCCCCGGCAAUGAUGGCCUAUCGGCCGCCGCUCUAGGAAACGCCGACAAUCAACAGUUUGCAUUCACACCCCCGGAGCGAAAGCCCCGGCCGUUAGUUCAACAUGCUUGGGAUAUCCUACGAGCCGAGAAACCGGCAGCCCUACACGUUAACCAACCGAACGGCCUGAUCGGCUACACCCUACACUACGGCCGCGAAGCAUUUCGAUUGCUCUUCCUGAAUGGGCCUGCCUCCGACAAGGUUGAUCACAAAAUCAGACCGAAUGUUGCUCGUGCAGUGGAUGAGCUCAAGGCUGCUGCGGAACUUGAUGAGGAUCCGGACGCGAUGUUUCUCCUGGCGGAAAUGAACUUCCACGGCAACUUCACCCACCCGCGCAAUUUCAGUGAGGCAUUCCAAUGGUACAAUAAUCUAGCAUGGCUGAACGGGAACAGUACUGCUCAGUCCAUGGUUGGAUUCAUGUAUGCGACAGGCAUUGGCAACGCGGUCGAACGCGACCAGGCGAAAGCUUUGAUGUACCACGAAUUCGCGGCCGAAGGAGGAAACACACGAUCCGAAAUGACUCUGGCGUAUCGCUACCACACAGGGAUCGGUACACCCAAGAACUGCAACGAAGCGAUCCGUUAUUACAAGAAGGUGGCCGACAAGGCGAUCAGCUACUAUCGGUCAGGACCCCCCGGCGGCCACGCCAUGACAAGAGACUCUUAUCGCUGGGCAGAAAAGGAUGGUGGUGUCUACGGAGAAGGCGCCAGUUUCUCGAGCUCUGGAUUCAAUGCGCGCGACAGUGCCCACUCCACGGCCGAAGCCAGCAUCGAGGAUCUUUUGGAAUAUCUCGAUCUCAUGUCCCGCAAGGGCGAGCUGAAAGCAACUUUCACACUAGGAAAGAUGAACUACGAGGGAGCCCGUGAUCUUCCUCGUAACUUCAAACGCGCGAUGAAGUACUUCAAGAUUGUUGCGAAGAAAUACUGGGCCAAGGAUGGGUCUAUCAGCCCCAAUCCCCCGGCCGGACUUGACAAGCUGGCUGCCAAGACGGCAGGAUAUAUCGGCCUCAUUUAUCUUCGAGGCGAGGGUGUUGAGCAGAACUAUGGUACUGCGCUCACCUGGUUCCGGCGCGGAGUGGAUAACGGAGAUGCCCUUUGCCAACACCAGAUGGGUUUGAUGUAUCUCCAUGGUUACGGAGUCCCCCAAGAUGCGUACAAAGCGUCUUUGUACUUCAAAGAAGCCGCCGAUCAGGACUUUCCAGCAGCAGAGACAAGGCUUGGUGCCCUGUUCUUGGACCAAGGAGAUGUAGCCACGGCCACUCGGUACUUCGAGCUUGCGGCUCGCUGGGGAUGGAUGGAAGCAUACUAUUACCUUGCGGAAAUGGCUCACUUCGGUGUCGGCCGACAGCCGCACUGUGGUGUAGCUGCAGCUUAUUAUAAACUCGUCGCAGAGAAGGCCGAGGUCAUUCACUCGGCUUUUGAAGAGUCAAAUACAGCAUACGAAACGGGUGACCAUGAGGCCGCUCUCGUUCCCGCGUUACUAGCUGCAGAGCAGGGGUACGAAUAUGCGCAAGCCAAUGUGGCAUACCUUCUGGAUGAGCAGCGCUCCUUGUUCUCCCUUGAUGCCUUUCUGCCGUGGACGAAGAAGGCUCGAUCCCCUUUGCUACACAAUCCAGAGCUGGCAUUGAUCUAUUGGACCAGAUCGUCCAAACAAGCAAACAUUGAUUCUCUCAUCAAGAUGGGUGACUAUUACUUGGCCGGUAUGGGCACUGUGGCCGACCCCGAAAAGGCCUCGGCAUGCUACCACAAUGCCGCCGAGGCCCAUCGCAGCGCACAGGCAUACUGGGACCUGGGUUGGAUGCACGAGAAUGGAGUUGCUGUACAACAGGACUUCCACAUGGCUAAGCGAUACUACGAUCUCGCACUUGAAACCAACAGCGAGGCGUAUCUUCCCGUCAAGCUGAGUUUGUUGAAAUUGAGAGUUCGGGGUUACUGGAAUCGCAUCACAAACGGUGAUAUCAACCCCAUCCGUGAUGACGAAGAUGUUAGGCCACGUCGGACCUUUAGAGAGUGGGUUGCGGCCUUUAUUGAGAACGAAGCACAGUAUUACGAUGCACUAUACGAGGGUCGGGAGGACGAUGAUGACUUCAUCGGAUCGCGCGGCCUGGAUGGGGAGCAUGAAGACGGGUACUACGAUGACCUUGAAUUCGAUAUCGAUGAGGGAAUGCUUGAAGGCCUUCUGAUUGUUGGAUUGGCGGCGACUCUUCUGGUGCUAGUCUAUAUCCGACAGCAGCAGCAACGCAACCGACAAAACCAGAACGCUGCGAACCCAGGUAAUGAGAACGCGAACAAUGGGAAUGCCAACGACCGCGGUUUCUUCCCACGCCCUGGCGAUCCGGAAUUCCCACAAUGGGUGGCCGGAGGCGUCGGACAUUGA